AUGGAUGUCAAGAACGGAGCGGCACAGCUGGACGAACUCUUUGAUGUAAUGAAGAGUUACCGCAGAAACUGGCUAAUCGCAGAAAACGAGAGAAGACGCGGACUCCUAAGCAGACGGAUCACGACCCCAGAGCCAACAACCUCGAAGCGGCGGGCGACAAGCCCAGUGGAGCCUCGAGAAACAAUGCGACCAAGAAGCGAAAAGGACGGCCAAUGGCAGAAAGUCUUGCCCAAAAAAGCAUGGAAGAUACUCACAAUCGAAGGAACGGAAAACAAAAACCCAAAAGAGGGAAGACAACAAGGGAGGAAUACCGUCUCAAACCAGAGAGCAAAAAGCAGGCCCAAACGACAAUCGGAGGCCGUAAUCAUUAAGCCAGCAGAAGGAAAUAGCUACGCCGAGGUCCUCAAGAAUAUCAGUAGCAAAGUAAAUCUAAGAGAAGCAGAGGUGAAAAUCAAAGGGAUCCGCAAAACAAGAGCCGGCGCUUUACUACUGGAGCUGGAGAAGGGACAAUUCACAAAAGCCAGUUUCUGCGAGGCACUCAAGACGACCCUCCGAGAAUCCGCAAGCCAGUACAAAAAGAAAGAGAGAGGUACCUGGCUGGAAGAAAGCAGCUCGACCGCCGCUAUAUGGCUACCACCAGGAAGUAAUGCCAUCACUAUAGACAAAGGGAACGGCAAUGGUUUCGUCUGGGCCAAAUGCGACUUUUUUACAGUAAUUAGCUGCUACUUGACGCCAAGCGAUAGCAUACAAGAAUUCCAAGAAAAGCUCGACAACAUUGAGGACACAGCCAGGUCUAUAGAAGGUCAACUAAUUAUCGCCGGUGACAUAAAUUCCAACGCCGUAGAGUGGGGUAUGCCAAAUACGGACUCGAGGGGAAAGCGCAUUCUAGAAAUGGCUGCGCGCCUUAGUCUAAUAGUGCUCAACACGGGAAAUGCAACCACGUUUAGAAGACCGGGAUGUGAGGAAACUACACCAGACAUUACUCUAUCAUCAGAACGCUUGGCAGGUUCAAUAAAGAAAUGGAAAGUCCUGGAGGACUACACUGGUAGCGAUCACCAGUACAUUUCCUUCACCAUCGAUGCUGGAACAAACGGUAACCAACGACCAAAACCCUAA